AUCGUGGAGUAAUUGUUUCCCUCGUGAAACGUCAAAUCAACAGCUCAACAAUGCGAAUGUUCGUACUUCCUUGUCUCGCCGUGUGCUUGGCAUUGGCCCACUGUGCGGCUGUUGCGGAGGAGAAGAAAGCCGAUGGGGGGGACGAAAAGACCGUGGAGAAGCGCGGCCUCUAUGGCAGCACGGGCGACUACCAUCAUCACUACCAGCCCCACCAUCACCACGAGCACAUCAAGACAGUGACCAUCGAGAAGAAAGUCCCAGUUCAUUAUACGGUGACUAAGCAUGUGCCCUACACCGUGGAGAAAAAGAUCCCCUAUGAAGUGAAAGUCGAGGUGCCACAGCCGUACAUAGUGGAGAAGAAGGUGCCUGUUCAUGUGAAGGAAUACGUCAAGGUACCAGUCCAUGUGCCCAAGCCUUAUGAAGUCAUCAAGAAGGUACCAUACGAGGUGAAGGUGCCAGUGGACAAGCCCUACGAGGUGAAAGUCCAUGUUCCACAGCCCUACGAGGUGAUCAAGAAGAUUCCGUAUGAAGUGAAAGUCCCAGUGCCACAGCCCUACGAAGUGAUCAAGAAGGUGCCACAUGAGGUGAAGAUCGAGGUGCCGGUACCCAAGCCCUACGAAGUCAUCAAGAAGGUGCCCUAUGAAGUCAAAUACGAGGUGGAGAAGCCCUACGAUGUAGAGGUGGAGAAACCCUAUGAUGUCGAGGUCGAGAAACCAUACAAGGUGGUCGUCGAGCAGAAGGUUCCCUAUGAGGUGAAGGUGCCCGUCGACAAACCGUACAAAGUUGAGGUGGAGAAACCCUAUCCCGUCCACGUGAAGGUGCCGGUGCCCCAACCCUAUACCGUGGAGAAGAAGGUCCACUACACCGUCGAGAAGCCAGUACCAUAUGAAGUCAAGGUGCCAAUUGAGAAGCCCAUUCCCGUCUACACAGAGGUGAAGGUGCCCAUCCACAGGGAGAUUCCGGUGCCACACAAAUACCACGUUGAAGUGCCAAUCUUCAAGCACCACGAGGAGCACCAUCAGAGCCAGCACGAGUACGGACAUGGACACGGACACGGACACGGCUACUAGAGCCCAGCACAGAACGCGAGCACAAGAAGGAGAACGAAGAAGCAAACGAACAAGGAGGAGAUCGACGAGCAAGCGAAGACACUACCAGCGAGUCUUCCAAUCACGGAUCCACGAGGCAACGUUGAGCUGGACGUUGAACGGGUGACACGAGGAGGAGGAGCAGGAGGGGGAGGAGUCAGAGCAGAAGAAGGAGGAGA